CGAGACGCGUUGUGGCAGGUCCCCCUCCACAAGCGCCAACCCGCGAUUUUGAGACGGCGAUUUGAGGAUGCAGACGGCAAUAACGCCAUUUCACCGAUUUUUACAAACUCCACCCAGAUAUUGAUGCGCAUACAGACUGAAUAACCCUGGUCGCAAUACUCUGGAUUUUUUGACUCUGCUGUCGAAUUGACAGCGUUGUCGCAAAGAUGCAUAUCAAGCAGAUCAUCAUCCAGGGCUUCAAAAGUUACAAAGACCAGACGGUUAUAGAGCCCUUCUCUCCUGGGACCAAUGUUAUCGUCGGGCGCAACGGCUCUGGCAAGAGUAACUUCUUCGCUGCGAUCAGAUUUGUGCUCAGCGAUGCCUACACCAACAUGAGCCGCGAGGAGCGGCAGGCUCUUCUCCAUGAGGGGUCAGGAUCUGCCGUCAUGUCCGCCUAUGUCGAGAUUAUCUUCGACAACCAGGACAAGCGCUUCAGCGAGCCGGGCGACGAGGUCGUAAUCCGCCGGACAAUCGGUCUAAAGAAGGAUGAAUAUUCAGUGGAUAGGAAGGUCCAGACCCGCGCCGAUGUUCUCAAAAUCCUCGAGACUGCUGGGUUUGCGAAGGAGAAUCCCUUUUACAUUGUACCCCAGGGUCGCAUUGCCGCAAUCACCAACAUGAAGGAGUCCGAGAGGCUCAACCUCCUCAAGGAGAUCGCGGGCACCAACACAUACGACGAUCGGAGGAUACAGUCGCUCAAGAUUAUGGCCGAGACCAACAGCAAACGCGAGAAGAUCGACGAGACCCUGGUGUACAUCAAGGAACGGCUGAGCGAGCUUGAGGAAGAGAAGGACGAACUCCGCGACUUCCAGGACAAAGACAGGGAGCGCAGGUGUCUUGAGUACGCGCACUGGCACCGUCUGCAGGCAACCAAUGCCGAUACACUAGAGCAGUUGGAGGAAGCGAGGCAGGGAGGUGCCGGGGCUUCGACGAAGGACCGUACGCAGCUCCAAAAAACGGAGAAGGAAAUCAGCAGCUUGGACCAAAACUCGCACGAGUUGAGGCAAGACCUGGAUCUGCUUGCCAUGGAACGGCAACAGCUCGACGACGACCGCAAAGAUGCCGCUCGGUCGCGGGCAAAAGCGGAGCUGAAGGCGAAGCACCUGGACGAAACUAGGCACGCACGGGAACAAGCGCAGCAGAAGCAAGAGGCAGAGUUGCAACACGUGAGGCGGGAAAUCAAGGCUGCCGAGUCGGACGUGGCCAAGAUCACCCCUGAAUACGAGGAGCGGAGGAGCGAGGAAGCCCAGAUCCGACUGCGACGGGACGAGGCGGUGUCGGGGAAGAACCGCUUGCUCACCAAACAGACACGCAGCUCCCAGUUCAAGACGAAAGCGGAGCGUGAUAGCUACCUCAAGCAGGAGAUCGAUGACGCUACCACGUCUCUGGGCGUGCAAAAGGCCAACGCGAUGGAUGCCGGGGAGCAGGUGAAGUCAGUCGAGGCGUCCAUUGCGCAGCUAGAGAAGGCCAUCCAGGAUAUCCGCCAAAACAUCGAGGGCUACGGCGGGAACCGAGGCACGCUCGCCGAGAAGCUGACCAAGGCUCAGGAGGCCAGGGAGCAGCUGCACGAAGAGCGCAAGAGGCUUCGGCGUGAGGAGGACAAACUUGGCUCGCUUCUUUCCAACACACGAUCGGAGAGGGACCAGGCAGAGUCAUCACUUUCACACUCGAUGGACUCGGCCACUGCCAAGGGCCUCGCAUCGAUCAGGCGACUGAAGCGGGAGAGGGACAUUCCCGGGGCCUAUGGGACUUUAGCAGAGCUCAUGAGCGUGCCAGUCGAGGCAUACAAGCUGCCGGUAGAACAAGUGGCGGGGAAUAGUCUUUUCCAUUACGUUGUCGACAACGACAGAACAGCCACCAUGCUCUCGGAUCAUCUCUACAAGUCUUACGGCGGGCGGCUGACGUUCAUGCCACUGGAGCAGUUACGGCCGCGGCAGGUCAAGAUGCCCAGGGCGUCAGACGCGCAACCGCUCAUCAGCAAGCUCGAGUAUGAGCCAGAAUACGAGAAAGCUUUCCAGCAAGUUUUCGGGCGCACCAUCGUCUGUCCAAACCUCUCGGUCGCGUCCCAAUACGCCCGGUCUCACGGCCUGGACGCGAUUACGCCAGAAGGUGACACAACAAACAAAAGAGGUGCAAUGACUGGAGGUUAUGUCGAUGCCAGGAGGUCACGCCUCGAUGCAGUACGGCGAGUCGGCCAGAUGCGAGAUCUGUAUGAACAACAGUUGGCGGACAUCGACAAAAUCCGCAAAGAAAUCGAGGUGGUCGAUCAGAAAGUGACGAGCGCGAGCGGCGAGGAGCACAAGCUGGAGCAGCAAAUGCGCCAGUUCGAGUUCGGGUUCGAGCCACUCAAGAUGGAACUGCGAACGAAGAACGCCCAGCUAGAGCGCGAGCGAGCUCACCUCGAAGCGGCUAUCGAGCGGCAGGCCCAGGUGGAGAAGAACCUCAAAGACUUGGACGACUCCAUCUCGACAUACCAGGCCGAAAUUUCCCAGGACUUUAAGAAGGCUCUGUCAGCAAACGAGGAACGGCAGUUGGAGGAGUUUACGGCCGAAGUACAUCGGCUGCAACGGGAGCUGAAGGAAGUCAGCAAGAAGCGGUUUGAGCUCGAAGGCCGUAAAAAGACUCUCGAGACCAAUUUGCAGAGCCAUCUCCGGCCACAGGAGGACCAGCUUCGGAGUCAAGCCUUUGAGAAUUCGACGGCUGGGGGCAGCGAGAGCUUCAAGGACGCCCAGAGGGAGCUCAAGAAAGCCCAGCGAGCCAUGGCCGAAGUUGAACAGCAGCUGGAGGAGAACGAGCAAAAGACGGAGAAGGUGAGCGGCGAACUUGCCCAGCUGGAGGCUCAGAAGUCCCAGAGGGAGCAGGAGCUGCAAGAGUUGCAAAAGCGGAUCGACCAGCACCAGAAGAGGAUGGAGAAGAACAUCCAGACGAGAGCUCGCCUAGUCAGCCAGGCUGCCGAAUACGCCAAGAACAUCCGGGACCUAGGUAUCCUACCGGAAGAGGCGUUCGGCAAGUACGAGAAGAUGAAGCCGGAGCAGAUCGAGUCAAAGUUGCGGAAGGUCAACGAGGCCCUCAAGAAAUACAAGCACAUCAACAAGAAGGCGUUCGACCAAUACAACAGCUUCACCACACAGCGCGACCAACUCCUGAAGCGGCGGAAGGAGCUCGACACGUCGCAGAUGUCGAUCGAGGCACUGAUUGAGCAUCUCGACCAGGAGAAGGACGAAGCAAUCGAACGCACGUUCAAGCAGGUCUCGCGGGAGUUUACCACCAUCUUUGAGAAACUGGUCCCGGCAGGCCAUGGCCGCCUCGUGAUCCAGCGCAAGGCGGACCGGGCGAACAAGAAGCGCAACGCCGAGGAGUCAGACGAGGAGCCAACGGGUGUCGAGAGCUACACGGGCGUGGGCAUCUCGGUCUCGUUCAAUUCCAAGGUCAUGGACGAGCAGCAGAAGAUCCAACAACUGAGUGGUGGGCAAAAGAGUCUAUGCGCCCUCUGCCUGAUCUUCGCCCUCCAGGCUGCCGAGUCCAGCCCCUUCGUCAUCUUCGACGAGGUUGAUGCCAACCUGGACGCGCAGUACCGGACGGCGGUGGCCAGCCUACUGAUGAGCAUCUCGGAGGAGCAGAAGACGCAGUUCAUAUGCACGACGUUCCGGCCGGAGAUUGUGCUCGUGGCAGACAAAUGCUAUGGUGUCACCUUCCACAACAAGACGAGCACCAUUGAUUGUGUACCGACGGAGGAGGCGCUGAACUUUGUUGAUGGGCAGAAGAAGUGAGGGGCACAACCUGGGUCACGGCAGUUGUUGCGAGCUGUAUAUGCGAGUCGCACGGCCGGGGGUUGGAACUGGAUCGGGGAUGUAUUUGUGGUAUCUGGUGGACGUACGGGCUGUGUGGGAAGAGGCGUUGGGCCGGUUUGCUUCAGCACCUAGGUGGGACACCCGGAGUCUAGCCUACAUUAUUAUUACCUCGUUAAGGUAGGUAGGAGUGCGUGUGUAUCUUCGUAUGAGUGGGCGCGGCUUGUUGCUUUGAUUUGGACUAUACCUAAGAUACCUCGGUAUCUGUAUGUACAUACCUAUUUGCUGAGCUCUUGUUUCUUACUGCAGUACGAGACAGGGGGAACGCAGCUCCCUACCCCUGAA